AUGUCUCUUCCGCUCUAUCGAUGGAAACCCCAAUCCCUAGAACGCGAAGAGCUCUUAGCUACGCUGCAAAGGCAAGUUCGCUAUUUUCGGUAUAGACCAGAGCGUCGCAGCCAGGUGAUCGAUAGGCUCAAGGAAAUUUCUCAAAAAGCACUUGACCGCUUAGACAACCCACCGCAGGCCUAUGAUUCGCGACUUGAACAGCUUUACAAGGCGCUCCGUGAAUACUUGCCUAGCGCUAUUGAAUUUCUUAUGAGUGACCCUCAAUAUGACUUAAGGGCUGCCGACGCGAUCGCGCAGAUCUGCCUCGCCUCAACCACUUUUAACCGCGUUGGGGUGGAUGUCUCGAAAGCUGGGACAGAUCAAGAAACCGCAUUUUUACCGUGA